GUUGUUCCGUUUGUUUCUAGGGAAAUAUUCAUAAUUGGGUCCAUAUAUAAAGUUUUUACACUUAAGUUCCACAGUGCUGUUUGUUAUGGAGUAUAAGUUAUAAACACAUUGCACUGAUGAUGAGCUGCUAAAACUCAGGGUCUGGAUAGAGCCAGCACGUGAUGCAUUAACUAGUUCCUAUUUUGACUAAUGGUACAUGGUCAUAUGGGCAGGCUACAAGCAAAAUGCAGUUGAGUUUGCUGAGUGGAUAUUCAGCAAUUAAAAUUUCCAACAGAGAUUUAAAAGUGCUCCUAAAUUAUUCAGUAGAUGAAUUGAUAAUGACCAUCUUAGCAUUCAGUUCUUUUCAAGGGAACAUAUAUAGUAAUUGUUCCAGAUCCUUCUAACAACACAUCCAUCUCCACCACUUAUGCAAUCUCUCUGCUCAGUUCCUCUGUUGACAUUCUUGAAUUCCUUGGUGUAUUUCACUUCAUUAUACAACACAUUGAGAAUGAGGAAAUCAAGCAAGCUGCUCUCACAAGCUGCAGUUCUGAAGCAGAUCAUCAAAAAGUGUUCCACCCAGUUUAGGCAGAGACACGGGUGGUACGAUGAAGACGAAGGGCUUCCCGGGGACGUGCCGAAAGGUCAUUUUGCGGUGUACAUAGGCGAAAAAAGAAGUAGAUACAUUGUGCCCAUCUCAAUCUUGUCCCACCCCCAGUUUCAGCUUCUCCUCAGACAAGCCGAGGAGGAGUUUGGGUUCCAUCACGAUAUGGGUAUUACCAUUCCUUGUGAUGAAAAGUCUUUCCAAUCUCUCACAGCAAUGCUAAGGUAGAAAAAGAAGAAGAAGAAGAAGAAGAAGAAGAAGAAAAAGAAGAAAUACACAUAUAGGAAGGUGGAGGGAAAGAUGGUCUAAGACGAAGCUCUGGUUCCUCUGUUGUGUUUGGCUUCAUCUUUUUUGAACGUUUUCCUCCACCAAAAGUACAUCAAUUUAGCUUGUCACAAUUCUUUUAGUUAUGUUUGGAUCAAGGAGCUAUAUGUAAUUAACCUGGCCUAUUUCCUGGCAAUGUUCAUGGCUGGGUUGAUUUGUAUAGACCUUUUGAUCUUUAGCUUUUCCUGGCAGGGGUAUGCUUCAUGCUAAUUACUCUCCCUGCCAGAGAACUUGUUCUAUCUUCUCUGUUAUGUGCAUAGGCUUAAGUGAUUUGUCUAUGUGUGUGUAUUUGUCGGCGUGUUCUUAUUUUUUGGUAAAGAUAAACUUACCUUGAAUUC